AAGAUAAUUUAAACCAAUGAGUGGGGGUAAUAAUGAUAACGGUGUGACUGUGUGACUAGUCGUGGUGAUACUGCGGUGUGAUUAAGGACGCAAAAUGUGGAGUAAAAGUGUACCAUCAGCUGUGAAUAGAUUUAACUGUUAUCAAAUAAUAAGAUUAGCGCGCUGCAUCCACACUGCAUCAAAGGACAGUCACAUAAAACAUCCAGGGUCGGAGCCGCUGAACUAUGCCACCUACGGGGAAGUAUUUCAGAAGGCCGUGGAGAAAUACCCUGGACGAGUGGCCGUGCGGUCUGUCCAUGAGGACGUCACACUCUCUUACGAGCAGCUGCUGACACAGGCAGACUCCCUGGGAUGCGCGCUGCGAGCCCACGGGCUGCAGACGGGAGACAGGAUCGGGAUAUGGUCGCACAACUCAGCGUCUUGGAUAGUGUCGCUUGUGGCUGCUGCGAGGGUGGGACUUAUUGCGGCGCUGCUAAACCCAGCGUUUGAAGCUCCGGAACUGAGCUUUUGCAUAAAGAAAACAGGCAUGAAAGCUAUCCUCAUCCCGGACAAGUUGCCCAAUAGGGACUACUACACAAAGCUGGAGAGCCUGUUGCCAGAACUACGUAAAGCCAAGCCGGGAUCACUCAUCUCGAAGGACUUCCCUAACUUGACUACAGUUAUAAAUAUUGGAAGGGAGAAGCUACCCGGAACCCUUUCAUAUGACUCCCUCAUAACACACAAUAAUAAUGACGUCUCAAAAUACGGAAGCGAAAUAAAGUCCGCUGAUGGAUGCCUCCUUCAUUUAACAUCUGGAACUACAGGGGACCCUAAAGCUGGACUUGAUUCGCAUCUCGGUAUCGUGAACAACACUUACUUCAGCGGUGUAAGGAACACGUUCAACCAAUAUCAUCAUAAAAUAUGUGUACAAGUUCCACUGUUCCACGCCCUGGGCUCCAUAAUAACCGCCCUGUCGGGGCUCCAACACGGCAACACCCUGGUCUUGGCCGCCCCCAUCUACAACGUUAAGGCUAACAUCGACGCCUUGUAUGCUGAAAAAUGCACCGCCCUCACGGGGACUCCGACGAUGUACGUGGACAUGCUAGCUCAAGUGCAGGACAGGGCUUCGCCCCCGCCCGCUCUGAAGACUGCCCUGGCCGCCGGCGCACCCUGCAGCCCUCUUAUCAUUAGGAACAUGCAGAAAUACCUUAAUGUGCAGAAUGUGGCUUGUCUGUACGGCCUGACCGAGACUACAGCCGCCGUAUUCCAGUCGCUCCCUGGGGAUAAUGUAGACAAGGUGGCUGAAACCGUGGGAUACAUUCAUGACCACACCGAAGCGAAGGUGGUUGGUGAUGAUGGGAGACCAGUUCCGUUCGGGAGUGAGGGCGAGUUAUACACGCGAGGGUACAACAACAUGAUCUGCUACUGGGACGAGCCCGAGAAGACGAGACAGACUAUUUCGGAAGACGGCUGGAUAUGCACUGGUGACAAAUUCAAAUUAAGCGAAGACGGUUACGGGACCAUAGUCGGCAGACUGAAGGACAUCAUCAUCAGAGGUGGAGAGAACAUCGCGCCCAAGGAAAUAGAGGACCUUCUGAACACCCACCCCAACAUUAUUGAAAGCCAGGUGGUCGGAGUCGCCGACGAAAGACUCGGUGAGGAGUUAUGUGCUGUGAUGAGGCUUCGAGAAGGCGCCUCCAUUAGUCAUGAAGACAUCAAACGCUAUUGUGAAGGACGCCUGGCCAAGUUCAAGAUACCCAGGGUAUUAAAAUUCACCGACGAAUUCCCAAAAACAGCAUCUGGAAAAAUACAAAAGUUCAAGAUCAAAGAAAUGGUUGAAGCCGGGAAAAUUUAAAAUGUAUUAUUAUACCACUAUAUAUAAUAUGUACAUAAUAGAUUAAUUUAAUGUGUAA